UCUUAUUUGGCUCCCGAAUUUCGACUUGCAGUGAACAUGAAAUGAGGUGUCACAAUGACAAAAGGCAAUUCAAAUCUAACAGUUUUAUCACCAGCAUUCAGGAAGCUAGGCAUGAGCCAAUUUCCAAAGCCGCCUCAUCCAAUUCCCAAAAUAAUCAAACCCAUAACAAUUGUAAGUUCUAUAACAAUCAUAGUGACCAACAAAAUUCUUUUGUUAUGACUCUCAUGAUACUAACAUUAGAUUGCUUUUCUCCACAAGGUUAUGGUAACUACCAAUCUCAAAGUGAUGGGUUUCCGCAGGAGAAUCAUGACACUGAGCUUUCUAGCAAUGGUUCCAAUGCUUUGGCAUUAGAAUCUUCUCAUUUUAGGGGGUUAAAAAGGUCCAGAAGCAUGGCACAACCACAAGAGACUUUAAAUGACGAACCCGAAAAGGAAGGUCAUGUCAGAUUUUGUGAGGUGUUUGUUAAUGACACCAUUGGCCGAUGGAUUAAUCUUUCCCUCUUUCACUCAUAUGAACAUUUGCUUGAGAACCUAGCUCAUAUGUUCAGUAUGACAGACUCUCAGCUUCGCAGUGGUCUCUUCUAUGAUGGACCUGGCGGAAUUCGGAGAUCUGUUGGGAAGGAACCAUACAAGGAUUUUAUGAAGACAAGCAAGAUAUAUAUUUAUCCCAACAUGAGCCUUUAAGGGAAUUCGGUGAAGGCAGUUGAGGAACAGGUUAAUUUCAUUUUUUGUUUUCACAAUAGCACAUGUGGUUUAUACUUUAUCGAUCUCUCAAUCUUUUAUGAUUGCAAGAAACCAGCCAAAAUUAUGGUUACAUGUAGUGGGAAAUGUAAAUACUAAGAAGGGUCAGAGUAGGAAGUGAGCAGUGAACAUGCUUUGAGCCAAGUAUUGCUGAGACAAGAAAUUUGAAUGUG